AUGCUUUCCUUUCAUUUCAGGAAGUCCCUGGGUCGACCUACAGAUGCUGCUCCUUCCGUGGCCGAUGGCAUUCAGACUCCUCGCCGCCGCCGACGGUGCCAGGCAAACAACUGGACAGAACAGCUCAGCCACGGGAAGCUGGCCACGGUCUCGGCCGGAGCAGCAGCCCCCCGGCCCCAGACCACCUCUGCCACCACUGCCAGGAGCCUUCCCCCCUCCCUCAGGCUUGUCCUGGCCCCGCCAGAGGGGCUGAAGAACUGGGAGGUGGUGGCAGCAGCCACAGUGGUGCCUGUAGCCUUGAGCCCAGUCCAGGCACGUGGGGCCCUGCUUCGGGCCACUCUGCAGCCCCUCCAGGGCCAGAGAGGGACCCGGGCCAGCCCCAGCGGUGCCGCUCACCACUGUCUCCUCCUGUCACUGCAACUUGGGCGAGGGCUCAAGAUGGAAGCCGCCACUCCUGAGCUGAGUCCGCAGGCCAGACUGAGGGAGGUGGGCGACCGGGGGAGCAGAGCUCAAGAUAGCCAGGAGCCGAAGCAGCAGCUGCCACUGCUGCCCAGGCCACCGGCCUCCUCCCAGCGAGAAGCGAAGUAUGUGGAGAUGUGUGCUUCUGCCGCAGUCUCAGGGGUGAGUCCCCGCACCGGGAGAAUCGCUCUGGAGCACCGCCCGGGCGAGCAGAGGACCCCUAGGAGCCCCAGGGAAGAAGCCCAAGAGGAACGGAGCAGUCAAGAGAGGAAGGCUCCGACCCCCCAGAAGAAUCCUGCUGCCUCGGAACUCUCCAGAUCCCAGCUUUCCCGCACCGAUGAGCACAGCAACCUCUCAUCUUCCUCCUCCUCCUCCUCCCCAGUGGACAAAGCAGAAGAAGGUGGCGUUUCCAAGAUGGAUGAUACCACCACAUCAGCAGGGGCUCUGGCCACCUCGUCUUCGUCUUUAGGCUUUGAGAGUGACAGUGGUGAGAGUGCCCUGAGCUGCCAGCCCAGGGGAGGAGGAGAAGGGGGAAGAGCAGGAGGAGGAGGGGCAGAAAGAGGGGGAGGAGGGGGAGAGGGAGAUGGAACAGAGUGCAGGGACAUUAUUGCCAAGUCUCAGGGCAGCAGGGACCCCCCCAAAAAUGAGGAGGCUCACUAUAUUACCACCCACGAGAUCCAGCUGAGCGAGGUGGAGCAGGACAUGGAUUUUGAUGUGGGACUGGCCUCCCGCUGGGAUUUCGAGGACAACAACGUGAUCUACUCAUUUGUGGACUAUGCUUCCUUUGGUGGCAGCGACGAGACCCCAGGGGAUGUCACCACCCCGACCGAAGAGGACGACGACAACAGCUGCUACCUCAGCACCACUCCAAGCACCCAUGCCACUCAGACUCCGAGCCCCACCAGCAGUGACCCAGCCCGUCCCAGCGCAGACAGCAGUGGUCGCCACACCAGCAGCACAGAGGUGGGCAGCGGCCCCUCUGACAGUGACCCCACUCCCCCACCCACUGGGCCUGGCACUGCCACCCUGAGUGAGCCCUUGCCCGAGCCCCCGGAGGCAACUUCAGGGACAGCAGCCGUGGCUGCCAGCAGCUGUGGGAGUGCAGCAAGCCAGAUCCUCCUAUCAAUCAAACCGACUUCCCGGGCUAUAAAUGAGCCUAGCAACGUGCGUGCAAAGCAAAACAUUAUCUAUGCUGCCAAGCAUGAAGGCGACAUGAGCCUCCGCGUCUCUACAGCUGCUGAACACAAUUCAAGUUCACUGAAGCAAGACCCGGCUGCAGCCGUGGCUCAGGACCAUGCAAAAAAAUUCAUCGCUGUCCCUGCUCGCCUGCAAACCCGGUGCGGGGCCAUCCGGGCGAAGGAGCUGGUGGACUACUCCAGCGGGGCUUCCAGUGCCGUGAGUGAACUGGACGAUGCGGACAAGGAGGUGCGCAACCUGACCUCCCGGGCCUUCCGGAGCCUUGCCUACCCCUACUUUGAGGCCCUGAACAUCAGCUCCCGGGAGUCCUCCACACUCUCCGAGGUCGGCUUUGGGCGGUGGUCGACGUUCCUGGAUUUAAAAUGUGGGGGUGUCGGAGCCAGGGUGGAGCAGAGCCUCCUGAGGAGUAGUGCGGCCUCCGUGGCUGCAGGUCUGAGGAAGGGCAGUGGGGCCAGGACGACUGCAGACCAGCUCUACAUCCAGUCCAGGAAGUCCCAGACCAAAGCCUUGGAGUUCGUGGUCAGCAAAGUCGAGGGGGAAAUCAAACAUGUGGAGACACCUCUGUGUUUCCAGAAGCAGGUCCAGACGGGUUCCCGUGUGGUCACCCUCCUCGAGCCCCUGAAUUUCCGCAGCGAGAGCAAAGCCAGCUCAGCCACUGGGCCCUGCAGAACCGCCAAAGGCUCCGGCAAGGGCCCAGGGUCGGUGUACACAGACGAUGGCUCGGAGGCCUCUGAGAGCAGCAAGCCCGCCUCCCGCUCCGAAGGCCCCCAGAAGAAAUCCAAGUUUGCUUCCAGUCUGCUCAAAAAUGUCAUCUCCAAGAAGAUGCAGCGGGAACACGAGUUCAAAAUGGAGAGGGGAGAAGUCACUGACACGUCCCACCGUAACCCCUCCAGCACCUCCAAGGAGACGGAGGGCCCAGCCCGGGGGGAGAAGCUACGGGAGAGGGGUCUGCAGAGGCAGGGUUCUCGCCACUCAGAGGCCGGCUCUGAGUACACGGUGGUCAGCGUGUCCGACGCAGGGGCUGAGGGCUCGGUGGCUGAGUCUAAAUCGCCAAUUUUCAAAGCCAGUGCUCCUCGGGAGAGCAGUGCUGCCUCGGGUCGAAAUUUCGCAGACGGACGCACUGAGGAAGUCUGUGAAAUCAAAAAGAGUGCAUCCGAGACCGUCAAAGGCAUCUUCCUCCGCAGUCAGAACAGUGCAUUCCGUUCCUGGAAGGAGAAGGAGGCCGAGAAGCGGGAAGAAAAGGCCCCUGUUGGGAAGCUGAAGCUUCCCAAAGGGGGCGACUGGAGGGCUGAUCUUGGAGAGAUCUCUGCCAGCAAGUCCACCAUCAUGUCGCGCCUCUUUGUCCCCAACAUCCAGCAGACCCCCAAGGACAAGCAGCCGGGGAAGCAGGUUACCAAGUACCCUGCCGCCCAAGCCACCUCCACGGCAGUCAUCCGGCCCAAGGCUCCCGAAAUCAAGAUCCGGCUGGGGAGUGUGCAACAGCCGAGCUCGGACUUCAACAUUGCCAAACUGCUCACGCCCAAAUUGGCCAGUGGCAGCGCCUCUAACCUUUUCAAGACAGUUGAGGACAACAGCAGGGCGCAGCAGAAGCUCUUCCGGGGAGACAACCUGGAAAAAGUGCCCCAGUUCCAGGUGAGAGACGUCAGAGACAAGUCCAAGGCCCAAGGCCCCCUCCAUCAGGUGAGAGAUGUCAGGAAACUAAUCAAAGGGUCUGGGGACAGCAGUGACAAGGGCAGUGUUACCCCAGAGCAGGGGCUGACCGGGCCCAAACCCAGGCAGCUGGCUGCGGCAGGGGGCGGAUCCAGAUCCCUUUCCCCCAUAGUGAUUACGUGCCAGGCGGUGGUUAACCCGAGGGAAGAGAGCAUGGACCGAGAGCCGAGGGAGAACGUAGGCCCAGGGGUCAGCACCAGGUUCUUGAAUUCGUCCUCGCCAGAAGGGACAGUCUUGGUUCACAGGGCGUCUGGCAGGCUGCCUGUGGCCACCAUUGCCCCCAAUAAGCCUGAGCAGGGCUCCUACCUGCCUGUGCUCAAGAUCGUCUCUAAGGCUUCUGCUCAGAAGACCCCAGAGAAGGCCAAGGAGGAGGAGGUCAAGGAGGAAGGGAAAGCCCCAAAGACUUCUCGGAACGCCCUGGAGAAGCUGACGGCAGCCGUGAGGUCCAUGGAAGAGCUGUACAGCUUCAACAGGAACGAGUGGAAGCGCAAAAGCGACCCCCUGCCCAUGAUGAUGGACAGCCAUGUCCUGUCGCUCAUUGCCAGUGAGGAAAGGGAAGGGGCUGCAGGGGCGGAGGGGGACCCAGACAAGCUGGCCAAACGACUGGGUGAGCUGGAGGAGCGGGGCACCGGAAACAAGGGAGGCGUGGUGCUGCGGAGGGGCCCGGGGGAGCGUCUGCAGCGGAGGAACUCCAACCCAAGUGCUGAGAGCGUGUCUGCCCGGGCAGCCGCCUUUGAGAACAUGGCCAGGGAAAGGCCGCGAUCCCUCUAUAUCCCCCCAGUCCACAAGGAUGUGGAGAGAACCCAACCCCUGCAGCCCCUCCCACCACUCCCCAGCAACCGAAACGUGUUCACGGUGAGUACCAGCAGCACCCAGAAAACUGGGGGUGUCGCUGGCAAGUUUCCCCAAGGGCCUUCUCCAGAGAGUCCUUCGGCGGCAAAGGGCAUCAAAACCCAGGGACUCCGGUCCCUCAAGAUCUCUCCGGCGACUCGGGCACCUCCUGAUGAGGUGACCACUAGGAAAAACAGCAGCAAUUUGGAAAAGAACAAUAGUGACUGUGAGAAUUAUCUGUCCAUCCCCCUUAAAGGAAGCUCUUCAGCGGGAGAACUUCCUGGCAGGCCCGGGGCUGGGAGGGAGGGGCCCCCAGCCCCCUCAGCGGCCACUCUCUGCAGCCUGCCCCCUCUGAGCGCCCGCAGCCAGGUCCCCAGCAAUCCCAAAGGCUCUCAGGUCAGUGGAACCAGCCGGCCAGCUUGGCGUACCAAACCCGACAACCCCAGGGAGACAGUAGCUGCCGCCACAGGGCCACAGAGCCCGGAGCAUCUUCCCACUGCCAUCUACCACCAGCAGCCACUGCCUUUUGCCCUGCAGGGAGCCCAGCCCCAGGUCCUGUGCUUCUCCCCACCCAGCAUGCCUGCCACAGCACCUGCAGGCCCAGCUUCAGUCCCCACAGACCCCUUCCAGCAACCACAGCCCCAGCAGACCCAGCGCAAGAUGCUCCUGGAUGUGACGACCGGCCAGUACUAUCUGGUGGACACACCAGUACAGCCCAUGACCCGAAGACUGUUUGACCCUGAGACAGGGCAGUAUGUGGAUGUACCCAUGACUUCCCAGCAGCAGGCUGUGGCUCCCAUGUCCCUCCCUGUGCCUCCCUUGGCCCUGAGCCCUGGGGCCUAUGGACCCACCUACAUGAUCUACCCUGGGUUUCUCCCCACGGUGCUGCCUGCCAAUGCCCUGCAGCCCACGCCGAUUGCUCACACUCCAGGGGGAAGCGAGCUCUCCUCCAUGGCAGCAGACCCCCCUGGCAAAGAGGCAACUGCGACAUUCACUGAGGCCCCAUACUUCAUGGCCUCCGGUCAGUCUCCUGCUUCCUCUUCCUCCUCGGCCCCGGCAGCCACAUCCCAGCUUGUGGGGGCCAAAGGCUUCACCCAGCUGCACGGCAAGCCUGUCAUCAGCAUCACUUCGCAACCCCUGGGGCCCAGGAUCAUUGCCCCCCCUUCCUUUGAUGGCACCACCAUGAGCUUUGUGGUAGAACAUAGAUGA